UCAUCCAAUCUCGGUGCAGAAUCUCGCUUGGCUAAGAAGUAGAUCAGGAACAAGAAAUCAGUAGUGCUGAGAACGUCCCGUGAGACUCUCAGAAGUCACCGCCUGAGUAUCAAACCUGAAUAACCAGAGCGAUGUAACCUCGGCACACUCGUAGUUGUUUUCUUCCUGCCCACGCUGCAGGCUUUUCAGGUCCUUGCUUGAGAGUGAACUCACAGGCGUAAAUAACGUGCUGUCAACCGCCUGUGUCAGGCAGCUCAGCUAUUUAAGCAGGCCAGCAUCAGAGAACUCAACUUCCAAACCCAGCCUUCGCCACUUCCACCCGCGCCGGGACCAUGUCGGCGGAGACCGCGAGCGGCCCCACGCAGGACCAGGUGGAGAUCCUGGAGUACAACUUCAACAAGGUCAACAAGCACCCGGACCCCACCACGCUGCUGCUCAUCGCGGCCGAGGCCGGCCUUUCCGAGGAGGAGACGCAGAAAUGGUUUAAGCAGCGCCUGGCCCAGUGGCGGAAGUCGGAAGGCCUCCCCUCAGAAGUCAGAUCCGUUACGGACUAAGGAGAUGGUGGGCAUUGGCAGCUUCCCUCCAUGAAGACCACCUGCUGUUUCUCUCCUCGGCUUAACCAAGCUGUUUUGGUUUGUCAGUGUAGUGUUGUAUGUUCGCUGUGAGCUGUCCUGCUAUUUAACACAAUGUUGUAUUUUUUUAAUGUACAUAACUAGAAAAUAUAAUAACAAUAGGAAGCUAUGUGCAGCUUCUGUGUCAAGCAGUGGCUUGACUAGGCAAGUGAUGUGGCUUGCCUUUCCCUUUAGGUCAUGAUGAUAGAUGGUGUGAAAAUCAUCUAAGUUUGCUUUUGAUCAUCACCUCCCAAUAACAAUUUACUUUCAACAUCCAUUUCAGAGCAGGCAAGGUCUCUGUUGAAAAGAUAACGUGACCAAGAGGGAGAAAGAUUUUCCUUCUGAAUCUACUUCCCUAAGUUGUUUUCCUUGUGUUUCAUUGAAUACAGUGAAGUUGAAUGAGAAUACAGAGGAAUAUUUGAGUCAUUCCGAUUUCAUUAAGUAGUUCCUUGGAUUAAAGCUGCAUUAACUUAGAAAGAACCCAGUUAGGCUAAAAGACAGAAACUGCACAAGUAAUAAGACAAAAAAGCAAGUAACUAAGAAAAAAAAUCUACUAAAGUACUUGAUUUACAUUAUUUAAAUGCUUUUGUUAAGUUUAUUUUGCUAGCCAAAGUGAACUGCUUUUUGUCUCUAAAAUGAUAUUCUAAAUAAAACAUUAACUUUUUGUUGAAAA